ACAAAGAAAAAACAUUAAAAAAUGCCACCUAAUAAUCCAGCUCAAAUACAGCUUAUCCAUUUAACAUUUGCCAUAUGGAUUGUGUGACGCUAUACUCGAAGUUUUGGUCAGCAUUCCCAAUCCUCAAAAACACUGCCCCCAGUUUUGGCUUUUACGAACCUAGUUUGCAUUCACAGCUUUAAAAAAUAAUCACUUUUUAUUAAUCACUUUGGCUUCCACGUCAAACCAUAACUCAAAACUCGUGACACGUAACUAAAAAAACGACUUCUCAACUUAUUAUGUGGCACCGUGUCACCCAUAUGAUUAUCAUCUAACUUCCCAAAUCCACAAACAAUUCCGCGUUUCUGAGUCAACUCAAUUAAAAUCACCGAGUCAUAACUCAAUCCAACUCGCUCCGAGUUUUGAAUCUUCAUCUUCUUCACUACCAAUGACACGCAAAAACUCCAUUUUCGUUCAAUCCAAAAGCUCUUGAUUUGUUGAAUCGAAGAAAAAAUGAUGAAUCAAGAUCAUGUUCUUCACGCUUCCCAAGACGAUGAAAUGGAGUCGCUGGUUCUUCACGACGAUAACGGCAACGGAAACGGUAACGGUAACGAUUCCUCCGGCAACAUUCAACAACCGUCGCAAAGUCCUAAAUCGCCUUUCAAUUCGUUCCUUGAUCCUCCUUCUUAUGCUGAAGCAAUUUUCACUUCGUUUGAUUCCAACGGUCACGAUCAAACCCUAGAACAAUCGAGUCGUUCCGGAACUGGAUCUGGAUCAGGAUCCGAAUCCGAUUGCAUGCAAAUCUCGGUUUCCGAUCCGCAAGAGGAGCAAGAGCUAACGAACUCACUUGUUCCUGGCGGAAGCAGUUAUCAUACUUAUCUGAUCACGACAAGGACGGGAAAAUCGGAAGUAGGUGUAAGGAGAAGGUUCCGGGAGGUGGUUACACUGUCGGAGCGGUUAUCGGAGGCGUACCGUGGUUACGUGAUUCCGGUGAGGCCGGAGAAGAGUUCAGUGGAGAGAAAGGUGAUGCAGAAGGAAGAGUUUGUUGAGCAGAGGAGAGUUGCAUUGGAGAAGUAUCUGAGGAAGUUAGUGUCACACCCUGUGAUUGGGAAGAGUGAGGAAUUGAGAUUGUUUUUGGAGGUUCAAGGGAAGUUGCCGUUGAUGAGGACUACCGACGUUGCCUCGAGGAUGCUUGAUGGGGCGGUGAAGCUUCCCCGGCAGUUGUUUGGUUCGGAGAGUGUGGCGGUUGAUUUGAAUGAUGUGACUCAGCCUGCUAGGAGUGGGAGGGAUUUGCUUAGGAUUUUUAAGGAGUUGAAACAAUCUGUUACUAAUGAUUGGGGUGCUGCUAAGCCAUUGGUUGUUGAAGAAGAUAGGGAAUUUAUGGACAAGAAGGAUAAGUUGAUGGAAUUUGAACAACAACUUAGCAAUGUUUCUCAGCAGGCUGAAUCCCUUGUCAAAUUUCAGCAAGACAUGGGCGAAACAAUGGGUGAGUUGGGGCUGGCUUUUGUGAAACUUACUAAAUUUGAGUCGGAAGAAGCCGAAUUUGAAUCUCAGAGAGUACGAGCUGCGGACAUGAGAAAUGUAGCAACUGCAGCUGUCAAAGCUAGCAGGUUAUAUAGAGAGCUGAAUACACAAACAAUCAAACAUCUGGAUAAACUACAUGAAUAUCUUGGGACAAUGCUAGCCAUCAACAAUGCAUUUUCUGACCGAUCAAGUGCAUUGUUGACGGUUCAAACACUCUCAUCAGAACUAGCUUCUUUACAUUCACGGAUUGAGAAGCUCGAAGUUGCUGCAUCCAGAAUAUUUGGCGGAGACAAGACUAGGAUGCGGAAAAUUGAAGAGUUGAAAGAAGCCGUUAGAGUAACUGAGAGCGCUAAAAUUUGUGCAGAUAGAGAGUAUGAACGAAUCAAGGAAAAUAAUAGGAGUGAGCUUGAAAGAAUUGACAAGGAGAGGCAAAGUGACUUCCAAAACAUGCUGCGAGGGUUUGUUGUCAAUCAGGCAGGCUAUGCAGAGAAGAUGGCUGCUGUGUGGGAGAAGCUUGCAGAAGAAACAUCUACAUACUCAAGCAACAACAGCUAAAAUGUACUUUGGCUGUAAAUUUUUGUUUUAAUCCUUUUUAUGCUACUCUCUAAAUUUUUAUUUCAUUAGGUUUAAGCUUAUGUAGUAUAAAGAUACUUUGAACAUUUCGCGAACAUAAUUUUAACUAACCAGAGUUGUACAUGCAGCAUAUAUUAUUGUCUGAUGAAGUUCAAUAUUUCAAUGUGGAAAUGUCUUUUGACUUAUCGUGGUCCCCCAAUCUUUAUAGAUAGUUUCUAUCAUUGCAAGCCAUUCUUAUAUAAUUCUCCUCUCUCCCUUGUAUUACUUAAUUAGUUAAUUGUAUUAAUUGCAGGAAUUUUGAAUUUUUUUUAUGUAAUAAAUCAAUGGGAUUUCUUUA